GCACAACCUUCUCUUUGCAGGCGCAUAAUGGACAGAUUGUAAAAAUCACGGACUGUUUCAGAUUUGUGUGAGUCGCAAAAAUAGUGUCUUUGCCGUGGAUACUCCUUUAAAAUCUUAGAUGACCCCAACUGUCCAUUUCUCAAGAAGAAAAGCAUUCAGCAGGCGGGUGAAGUAGCAGCACAAUACAGCGCCCUAGCGCCCAUACCAGGCUGUUUUAUUAUAUACACACACACACACUCUCUCUCUGAUGUGAGCAAGCUGGCGGGUACUCCAUAACAAACAUCCGGACACUUUCUUCCACCGCCACUGCAAUGGACGGCCAUAUCAACAUCGAUCAUCAUCAACCGACGGCAGCAACGGCACAGGAUGCGUCCGAUGGGCGCGGCUCGCGGAAACGCUGGCAAAAGAUGCCCGCCGACGCUAGCAGCUCUCCACAUCCGUCCUAUGGGACAACCGAUUCCAUCCCGCAAGUGACAAUACGUGAUACAAGCAGCCGGGGACGAGCGGGUCCAUCGCGAGGCUCCCCUUCUGGCAACAGCUCCCGGCAGCGGCAACAGCAGCAGCAGGAACAGGAGCAGGCGUUGAAUGAGGAGGAAGGACUCAAAUAUGGUGCGCAACAUGUGAUAAAGCUGUUCGUUCCAGUGACCCUUUGCAUGAUGGUCGUGGUGGCCACAAUUAGCUCGAUUAACUUUUAUACCAUCAAGGAUGUGUACCUCGUCUACACGCCGUUUCACGAACUAACGGACGACACGGGCACAAAGAUAUGGAAUGCUCUCGCAAACUCGCUAAUCCUGAUGACGGUGAUCGUCAUCAUGACCAUACUGCUCAUCGUCCUGUACAAGCACCGCUGCUACAAGGUGAUCCACGGUUGGCUGAUCCUGUCCUCCCUGCUGCUGCUGUUUCUGUUCAGUGGCCUUUAUCUGUUUGAAAUUCUGCGAGCGUACAACGUCCCGAUGGAUUGGUUUACGGCCGGGCUGCUUGUGUGGAACUUUGGUGUGGUGGGCAUGAUCUCAAUCCACUGGCAGGGUCCGCUCCGGUUACAGCAAGGCUAUCUGAUCUUUGUGGCCGCACUGAUGGCACUGGUGUUUAUCAAGUAUCUUCCAGAAUGGACAACGUGGGCUGUACUAGCUGUGAUAUCAAUUUGGGAUCUAAUUGCCGUACUUACCCCUAAGGGGCCUUUGCGAAUUUUGGUCGAAACGGCGCAGGAGCGUAACGAGCAAAUCUUUCCAGCUCUAAUUUAUUCAUCAACCAUCAUGUAUUCCUACCUCGGCACACACACGGAUCCGGAUCGUGCGGCACCGUUGUCUGGCGAGCGGACCAUCGGCACUGGGCCGGGUAGCGCUGGCGGAGGCAGCCGACAGGCUGGUGGGUACGGUGCAGUCAAUAACCACGGCCCAACGCAAACCGGAGCAACCGUAGAAGGUAUGCGGCUGGUUGCCAUUCCCAAUGAUAGAACGCAUGAUUUGCCCAGGGAUCAGACGGCCGGCUUUACGCAGGAUUGGGCGGCAACGGCUAACCAAAGAGUAACGAGGCGGCAAAUUGAGGUGCAGGCUAACAUUGCCAACAAUCCGUCCCGGCCCGAGUACCGUACUGUCACGGCAGAGGCAACCCGCGCAGGACAGGAUCCGCAGCUCGGUGGUGCUCUGUAUGACCAGGCGGAAGAAAGAGGCAUUAAGCUUGGGCUAGGUGACUUUAUCUUCUACUCCGUGCUGGUUGGCAAGGCAUCGAGCUACGGCGACUGGAACACCACGAUAGCGUGCUUUGUGGCAAUACUGGUGGGUCUCUGCCUGACGCUGCUGCUGUUGGCCAUCUUUCGCAAAGCAUUGCCGGCACUGCCGAUUUCCAUCUUUUUCGGGCUGAUCUUUUGCUUCGUCACGAGCGUGAUUGUGAAACCGUUCACGGAAGCGCUUACGCUGGAGCAGGUGUUUAUUUAGUUAAUGCAGCAAAACGGGGAUAAGGAAGUUGUAGGUCCGGUUUUUACCGGGUUCAAUGAUUGGAUUAGGGAUUAGGCGCAACAAAACAAACGUGCUCAAAUCCACGCCGAGCCGUGUUUUUCUAGCAUAUCUAGCUCGUUUAUUUAUAUCGUAAUAUUUUAAUAUCGUGUAAUCAAAAAAAAAAAACAA